UCCGUAUUCCAGCUGCCACCUUACCUGGCUGUACUGACACAGACCUGCAUCCAGUUUUGUUCGCAGAGAACAACGCAGUCUACCGAAGCACGCCGUGCAGGAGACGGGGCAGACAUUUCGGCGGCGAAUAGCAGCAUCCAGUCUCCCAGUUCGGUGCAGAGGGGGAAAAAGGGGGACAGGUGUCCCACGAGACCCGGUUGCUGCCUGGCGACGAGAAAAAGGGUUGCUCGUCGUGCGCCGCAUCCGUUGCCUGGGUGAAUUCAUUAGCUAACAUUAGCAUCAAGCGAGGUAACCUACCUAGAAAGGUAUCAACGACGUUUUCUUCUCCCGGUUUAAAACGUUAAUCACGAAUGUCAUCUUCUGUCGCGAGCGGGAAGCAUUGGAAAUGAACUGUCACUAAAUGCCGUUUCCCGUCACACGGCGAUAUAUUUCGGACGAAGGCGAAGAAAGACCGUAAAAGUGGAGGAAUGUGUCUCACAUUCGGCUAAGCAGCUAACGGGAGCUAGCAGGCUAGCUUCACGGACACAGUCAUGGGCUAUGCGGCUGGUGCAGAGUUUAGCCAGUAGCUUGAUACCCUGCUAGCUAACAUGGACUGUGUAUUAUCUACGGAGCCGAACGGUGUCUAAUGAUAAUUAAUACGAUGAUUAUAUUGCAUUCGGCAGCCAGCUAGAAAGACCGAGGUGACAAUGGAGUCUUUCCUGCAGAUAGCUCCCCAUUCCCUGGCAAUAGUGCUGUCCAGGGUCGGGGCUGGGGAGGCAGGAGGGGCGGCCGGGGUGUCAGAGAGUGACGAGCUGCCGAGGCACCACACCGGCUAUGAAAUAUUCGCCGAUUUUAAAGCGGAAAAUACCCAGCAACACGUGUGGAACCAGCGGAUUACUGAGGCCGUGUCCGAGACCUUCUUCCUAGGAUGGAUAGACGAGCAUGUGCUGCUGAUACAAGGGAAGGAGGACCAUUUGGAGGUGCUGAGGGAGGGAUGGAUGCGGAGGUCCCUCAACCCGCCCCGGGGCUUCACCAUCAAAUACCUGGGUGAUGUGUCACCCAUCAGUAUGUCCCCUAUUAGCCAAUCACAGUUCAUCCCUUUGGGAGAGGUGUUGCUGUUGGCUAUCUCUGCUAUGAACUCCGCCCAUAAACCUGUCACUCAGGAGGCUCUGACAGAACACCUGCAGACAUGUUUUCCAGGUGUUCCCACGCCAUCAGAGGAGGUUCUGCACCACACGCUGAGUAUGCUGGUCCGUGAGCGGAAGAUCUACCCAACGCCGGACGGUUAUUUUAUCGUGACCCCACAGACCUACUUCAUCACUCCCAGCCUCAUCCGAACUAGCUCUAAGUGGUACCACUUAGACGAGCGAUCUGGUGACCGACAUCAACAGCAGCAGCAUCAAAACCAACAGCAGCAUCAGCAGACGCAGUGCACCUCCCCUCUCUCUGGCACUAUCACCCCCUCCACCUCCGGAGGUGUGCGAGACCGGACACACCCAAAGCCAAGCCAGAACCACAGUGGGGGCGGCGGAGGAGGUGGGGAUUCAUCGUACAACAACAGUUACCGUGGAGACGACCCCCCCAGCCACCACACCACACUUCAGCGUCGAUCCCCCAAAGACCACCGUGAGGCAUAUUCCUCCCCACACUCCCCCCAGACACCUCCUCAACAGGGAGGAGGAACCACAGAAAAGAGCCGUAGCACCCUCAGCUUUCCCUUCAAGACGGACACGCUCACCAAACACCGAGGAGGAGGAGGUGGCGGAGGAGGAGGAGGAGGAGGGGGAGGAGGAGGAGGUGGAAGCGGAGGUGGAGGCAGUGGAGGAGGAGGAGUUGAGACAGAAAAGCAGGCAGGAGGAGGAGGUGGUAGUGGUAGUCGAAAGUUUGGUCUGAAGUUGUUCCGCCUGAGCUUUAAGAAGGACAAGGCCAAGCAACUGGCCACCUUCUCUGCCCAGUUUCCUCCUGAGGAGUGGCCCCUCCGGGACGAAGAGGCACCCAGCCAAUUGCCUCGGCAUGUAGAGAUGGAAAUUAUUCGCAGAAUUAACCCUGACCUCACCGUGGAAAAUCUGGCCAGGCACACAGCUGUCAUGAAGCGUCUUGAAGAGGAGCGUGCUCAGAGGAGUAAAGCGUCUUCAGCCAAUCAAAGCUCCAGGAGUCGGAGGAGCGGAGGCAGACACAGGAAACAGUCCCAAACCAAACCCAGUCGCUCACAUAGUAAGACCAGGGCAACCCGUGGUGAGCCAAGUGAUGGUUCCCAUUUGGAGCUGGCUGACAGGGACUACCGAGCCUAUUCAUCUUCACUGGCCCGGUCACCAAGAGAACAUGCCCUGGCCAUGGAGCGGCAGCGGGCCAGGCUUCAUUUGGCGCACAGCAACCCCAACAUCCUAGACUCCUCCCACCUGCCUGUUACCCCGGAGUGGGACGUAUCCGGCGAGCUUGCCAAGCGGCGGACAGAAAUGCCUUUUCCUGAGCCAAGCCACGGCCCAUCGGCUCACCAUUCCAAAGUCCACCGUUCUCAUUCCCACACCCAAGAGCGGAAGUCCAGGACCGAGCGCAGUGACAAGGCCAAGGAACGGUCUAGGUCGAUGGACAACUCCAAAGGACCGCUGGGGGCCGGUUUGAUCGGACCACCUGAUUACUAUGACGACAGGAGCCGUUACUAUACUGAUGAUGGAACUCUGCGAGCCAAUCAGAGCUCUUCUCAUUACUCACGGGCCACACCCCCGUCAACUAAACUGGCUGGGGAUUCACUCGGGUUGGACAGUGGGAGGAGCUUGGAGAAGAGUAAAAGCAGGGACAGCCUGCCAGCUUACUCACCAAAACCACUUCCUACUUCCAUCCCUCCUGAUGACUACUUCCAAUGCUCUGCCUCCUCUGAGGCUGUUCUCACAGCAGCCAACCCGCUGGGAACUCUGGGUAAAAGUAGCCAUGAUGGAUUGAAACUGGGCGGGGCUGACCGGCAAACAGACAGACAGACACCCCAUCCCCCAGAGUACAAAGAGGACAUGGCAAAGAUGGGUCCCAAGGGUGGCAGCCUGCCUCCAAUACCCCUCUCUCUCCCUGAUCCCCCUCUCCCUAAUGGCCGGCCACCUCACAGCACCUCCUCUGGCCAGGAGAAACGUAAAGAGAUCUUUAGUAAAGAUACACUCUUCAAACCUCCUCCCAGUCUCCCUCUGCCUGGCUAUAGCUCCUUGAGAAAAAACCCUGCCCUCACUGCCUCCGCUCUCUCCACUUCCUGUGACGCGCUUGACUCCCAGGAGGCCUUUGACGCUCCCAAACCUCUGGUGGCUACACCCUCUGCUCCAUCGCAGGGAAUCGAACCCACUACCAGUGCUGCUGAGGCCUCCUUCGACUACUACAACGUCUCAGAUGACGACGAACUCGAGGAAGGGGGUAAUAAAAGCAGAGGAGCGGAUGAGAAGGCUGGAGAAGGAGGCGUAGGGAUGGGAGGAGGAGGUGGAGGAACAAUGCAGUGGUUGCUGGAGAGAGAGAAGGAGAGGGAUCUACAGAGGAGGUUUGAAAGGAACCUCACCUUCCCCGGUGCUAAAGAGAACCUUCCUGAACCUAGUCAGAACCAGCAGUCGGCCCACUCUGCCAGACUGGACAGUAUGGACUCCAGCUCUGUCACUGUUGACAGUGGAUUCAACUCACCACGAACCAGGGAGAGCCUUGCAUCAAACACUUCCUCCAUAGUGGAGAGUAACCGUCGACAGAAUCUGGCACUAAGCCCCGGCCACCUUGGCAUUGCUACUGGCAACGGCCCCCCCUUCUCUUUUCGCGCUAUACCAGAACCUGCCAGCGCCCAACCAGAGAAACUCCAGAAGCCCAACGCCUGCCUCGCAUCAAUCACCAGCGUCUAGGGGUCAAGCUUAAGGCUGGAUGUGGCUCUCCAACUAGCAAGCUAACUAGCAGGGCCAAGGGAAAAAAGUCCCAGCCAAAGGACUGUUACAGUAUCUGACUGACAGACUGACUGAUUCAGUGGAGCUCCUACAGGCCCACUGAGGAACUACAGCUGUUACACACACACACACACACACACACACACACACACACACACACACACACACACACACACACACACACACACACACACACACACACACACACACACACACACGCACACACACACACACACACACACACACACACACAGGACAAGUACACUGACAAAUACACAAGAGAAGUUUAGGCCAGCCAGAAACUGCUCUGUUUCACACAUGUCCACACACACACUCACACAAACACCAGGCCACUGGGCAGACUCUGACCAUGUCAUUCUACAGCCUCUAGUUUACACACUGCUGUUGUGUUGUUUCACUUGGAUAUGACUGACUGCUGCCUGUAUAUAUACGUGUGUGUGUGUGUGUAUGUGUGUGUGUGUGUGUGUGUGUGUGUGUGUGUGCGCGUGUGUGUGCGUGUGUGUGUGCGCGCGUGUGUGCGUGUGCAUGCGUGCGCACAUGUGUAUGCGCGUGUGUGUGUGUGGUUGAGUGUCUGUGUGUGCAUGUGUGUGUGUAAUCUGUAAACUCAGGUCAUGUUAUUUCCACUCCCAUUCCAGCUGCUCAGACUCAGUGUGUCUCCCUAGUGGUGUCUCCUGGUAUUACACUCUAAAGAAUUGCAGCUCCUCUUCACCACUGUUACUGUUGGUACAGAUGCUGUCUUACAAGUCCAGCUCCUGUUCACUGUUCAUCGAUGUGUCCUCUCCUCUGUGUUCACUCACCAGCAGCAGCCACCACUGCAAGUGCACUGCAACAAAAAUGUAAAAUGAAUACCAUUGAUUAUCACAAUGAAAACUAAACAGUAAUAGGGAUGCACAGGCAGCAAAGUGACACGGUGUAGAUGGUCAAACGGCACGAUGCCCUCUGUAUAAUCAGUUUUGAUUUUCUCUUUGUUAUUGAUUUUUGUACCUGUUGAAGGCCAGGUGGCUGAUCUACACUGUUUGAACAAAGCUGCCCAUGUUGCAUUGUUUUAAUGGUAAGGAUCGUUUGAAAUUUCCACUCACAACUCAAAUUAUAUUGACAGCCUGACACCUUGCUCAGAUGUAACGUGUCAUGUUGAAGCAUCAGGCUCUUCCUGCUGUUUGUGUCCUGUCAUCAUAGCACACCUCACAACUAACAACUAGCAAACAGCCUAGCAAAUGAACUAGAUACCAUCUCUGCAAGCAAGAAGGAGUUAUUACAGGACCAUAGCAGUGAUUUUGAAUAUUUGGCCUGUUUACCACAGUUUAUAGAUUCCACAACAUAGAAUUAAAAUCUCUUGAUUUUCAAACUAUAGUUUUUGGUUGAAACACCCACCUUACAAUGUUCUGCUUUUGUGGCUAACAGUGUCUUCACCAUUCAUACACCACAGAACUAAAAAUUGGCUGCUUCCUUUAGGAAAAAGAUUAGAAGAAACAAAGAAUAUAUAUUUUGUAGAUGUGAUGCGAAACAUGCAGAACCACUGGUAUGGUCCUUUAAAACCACACUCAAGAAAGCAGCACUACAACAAAACAUGCCUAGUACAUUUUUCAGGGCUUAAAUUUUCCUCCUAACGCCCUAAUUUAGUUUGUCUUUCAAGCACUAACAUUGAAUAGUCGUACAGGGUUGGACUCUUUUCCACUUUAUCAGUCUUUCUUCAUCAGUUUUCUUUGUUUACACCAUAUUUGCUGACAGAAGAGAGUUGGGAACAGGUGGUUUCAUCAGUGCCAGGUUCAAGCCGCUGUCACAAUGCAAGCAGUCACUACUUUAAGUGGAAAAGAUAGAACUGACUGCUUGACGCCCUUAAUGUGACGCAUGCCGUCUGAGCAUGGUGUGAUGUUAUGUUGUGGCCUAAACUGCAGCUCCAGGGAUUUUUUAUUUUAUUUUUUGCCUUUCCCUGUUUCCCUGUUAUGUUAUCACAACAACAUCUCUGGUACGGUUUACAGCUUAGCUCAUCCAUUUGCUCAUCAGUAGCUGAGCAGCUUCCACUACUGACAAGGAUUUUGCUACCAACAAGCACCACAAAUUGUUUUCAGAAGAUGAGCAAUGGAUUUGCACUGUAGUGUAUAAAUCCUGUAUUGCAUGUUAGUUCUCAGAGCAAAGUGUCACUCCCAAGAUUGUGUGAGUUUUGGUUGGUUCUCUGUCACCGAGGGAUUGUACUGGAACAUGAGGAGGCCAAGUUUCUUAUUGAGACGGUGAGACCAGACCAAUCCACACCACACCAGUGUUACAUAGAGCAAAUGUGGAUGUGAUUUAAUUUUUUUUUUUUUUUUUUUAAUGUUUAUUUAAGAAUUUCAGGAUUGCUUUUUGGAUGUACUACUUACCACUUGGAUUCCGUUGAAUUUAUAAUGUUUGUGACUGCCCUCUUUUUCUUUUGUUGAGCUGUUUUGAUCAAAUCCCUGAGCCAUUCUCCCUCCUGGUGCUAAGAUGUAUUAUGGUCGGCUAUGGCCAUAACAGUAACAAUCAUAAUAAAAGAAUGUUGACAUAGGUGAAUUAUAGUAUUACAUAGCUGCCCACACUCAACACAACAGCUCCUGUGUGCACAUAUUUGACGCCAGCCAUUUCGUGUUCCUGGCUAGUAAGUAUUUGACUGAACUCGAUUAGGAUCACAAAAUGGUAUGUGAGAAAUCAUACCAUUGGGGAGGUCUGACCAAAUAGAUAUAAGGACAGAGAAACACACUGAGCUGACGUGCACGGUACCUACAGGCCUGCCAACGGGAACCAGGCCUUUUCUGCACUACAGGGUGAUUGGCACAGGGAGACAUCGAAUAACACCCACAUGUUAAACCAACACGAGUUUUAAGUGUUGGUGGAAUUGUGAAACUAGACCUGAGCUGAGCUGGAUUCACCCAUCCGUACAAAACCCUGCAGUCCUAUAGGUCCAAUCAUUUCAAUCCCGCUGUCCUGUAGGCUCAGGGAGCUGUUAGUCAUCCCACUGUCCUUGUCCUACUGGCUCUUCUACAACUACCUCCACAGCAGCAAAAAUACAGCCCACCCCUUCUACUACCACACUGUCAUCAGCCUCUAGCCUGUGAAUGUCUAUGUACACACACACACACACACACAUGCACGCACACCCUAAUACACUAUACAUCAAAGUGCUGGACUCCCCUGUUGUCUCCCUCUCUUUCUUUCAAACAGAGCUUCUACAUGCUAGCAUUGCAGUUCAGCCCCCACCACCCUACCCCAUCCCUGCUCCUCUUCCGUGUGUCAUUACCAUAGCAACCACUAGUGUCACUUGACAUUCUCUGCAGAACGAACCUGUGUCCAAAUCCUAGAGGGGGCCUUGAAGUCAAAUGCAACCCUCAACACAGGCUAACAGGCACUCUGCAAGUCUCAGCUGGGUAAAGCUUAGACCAGAACCAUAAAGGGACAUGAAUUUGCCUUUGCACUUUUCUCUGUACCACCACAUUGGCUCUACGGUCCUGCUGCAUGGUCAUUGCUAGGUAAUUGGUAAUCUUAAAAAUAUUGGCCAUCUCACUAAAAGACACACCAAAAUGUAAAUUAUUACAGAUUUCUAUUGUAAGAAACACUUCUCAGUUUUAAAGAGGAGGCUCUUUUACAUAAAAGUCCAAUCUUAAAUCUGAAAUAGGAAGAAUCUAAGGAUUCUAGGAUUUUUCACAAUUCUGUAUUACAGAGGCAAAUCCUAAUUUACUUUAGGAAUCAUAUCUUAUCUUACAUCAUCCUGUCUUACGAAAUCCUCAGUCAACUUCACUUUUCAACUUUUGUGUGUUAACUAUCAAGCGGACACUCAUCUCACCAAGUUAAUCAGUACUUUGUAACUGCUGUUUUUGUUUUUGUUUUUGUUUUUUUUGGUUUGGACUGACUGACUAGCUAGUUUAAGAACAACAACGAUGAGUUGGAGGUGUUGGGCACAUCUGUAGAGCAAGUUAAAUAUUUUCUGUUUGGGAAAUUUUCAGCAAUGCUUCAGUCGGGUUUGCCAUAAGCCUUUCAGCAAAUAGGUUCCUCCUGUUGACAUUUUGUUUGUUCUGUAAAAGCAAUAAAAGAACAGUCAUGCAGAUUAAACAAGCUAGCUAACACUACCUGGCCGUCAAGUGAAACAGGACAGCUUUAUGGUUAUCCUAAAGUUAGGAACUUUUUCCAUUUUAAGAAGUUACAACACUUGUGUAAAACACUUUUGCUAUCUUAAGUUAGGAUAAGAACAUUGACUUAGGAUAGGAACCAUUAAUCUGUAAUGACUAUUUUCCUAAAUCAGAUCCUAACUGUAAUUACCACGGUUACCACACAGUUAAGAUAUGAUUUGCAAGUUACAAAGUUUCUGUAAAAUGGCCCGUUAUCUAUCUGAGCCCCAUACCAGGGUAUGAGUUUGUUUUCUACCACGUAGUAGGAUACUAGUCCCUACUUUGUCACUACAGUAGGGAUCUAAACAUAAUUUUAUCACUGUUUUACAGUUUUAGUUAUCUAUCACGACAGUCUUAAUUCUACCACCGUUCUAAGGCUCUAGACUCUAUUAUCAUAUGCCACUGUACUAGGGUGGUAGUCCCUAUGAACUAGGGUUGUAUUCUCUACCUGACCACUUCAACAGGGCUCUAGCUGGUAAUUACCACUACAGUAGAAUCUAAACAUGGUGAUACCAUGUUAAUGUUAAGGUUCUAGUCUGUGCUCUACCAGUGUUUUACGAUUCUAAUCCCUAUUCUGUCACUACACUAGGGUUAGUCUCAGUUCUUGGGUUGUAGACCUAAUUUUGGUACAGUAAGGCUCUAGUCCUGAUUUUACCCCUAUAUUGAUAUUAUAAUUCAUAUUCUACCACUAUUUAUGGCCUCUUGUCUAUUCUACCUCUGUUUUAGGCUUUUAGUCCCUGAUACCACUAUUACAGGGUUCCUGGACAUAUUCUACCGCUAAGGUAAAGUUCUAGUCCCUAUUCUACCACUAUACUAGGGUUCCAGUCUCUACUGCACCACUAAUCUUGGGUUUUACUCCCUGUUCAACCACUAUAAUAGGGACCUAUUCCCUGUUCUACUAAUAUUCUAGGGGUUUUAAUUCCCAUGCUUCUACAAGAGGAUUUUCGUCCCUACUAUACCACCACUGUGGGAUUUGUGCCCCUAUUCUUCCAUAGUAUUGGGGCUCUGAUUCCUGUCCUGUCACCACAGUAGGGUUUUAGUUUCUAUUCUAUCAUUACAAUAGGGUUCAACUCCCUGUUGUGCAAAUGCAGUAGUGUUAGUCUCUAUUGCACUGUUAUGCUUGAGUUUUAGUCCCUAUUAAACCGCUACAGUUGGGUGUUAGUCCCUAUUGUACCAUCUCAGUAGGGUUCUAGUCCCUAUUUUACCACUACAUUAGAACUGAAGGUCCUAUUCUGUAAGAAUAAUAGAGUUUUAGCCUCUGUUGCACCACUUUUAUGGGAUUUUAGUUCCCGUUCUGCCAUCUCAGUAGGGUUCUAGUCCCUCUUUCACCAAAAAUAGGGCUGUAGUCCCCUGCCUGGUGAAGGUCAUGGGUUCUGUCCCUCAUGUCUGAUGUUUGCACUGCCCCCCUAAACCCCCAUUCCAUCCCACCACCACCACCCUCCACUCCUAAUGCCUGCCCCAGUGGCCCUCCGUCCACCCACUCCCCAACCACAACCCCAAACCUCCGAUCCCUCUUCCACACUGACAGUCCAUGAAAUGUCUUCCCUUAACAUUGGCGGUGGUUUAUAAAAACGGAGGUUCAACAAUAACAUUGUUUCUAAUGGUGACAGUAUGUCAUACUUGUAAAUGAUGUUUAUCUGUCAUGCCUAGUCAAAUAAUUUAAACAAUAAAAAGAGGGAUUUUUUAAAUGUCUAUAAUAUCUGAAAGUCCCUCCAAUGUGUAGUACUGGUGUUACUGUUGUUGUAGUGUAUGUGAUAUACCCCAAGGGGAUUGUGUUACUUUUUAAGAUAAUAAAAUAACAAUGUUUGGUUAC